GUCUGCUAGAUCAAAACUGUGCUGCGGUGUCUGUCAGUGAGGCGACUGUCAGAGUGCAGCUGAUCGUACCGAAAAUGCGAUAAUAACCGGGAAAAAAUCCAUCUCUGUGUGCGGUCUAAACAAUGCACGAUAAGAGAAGUACGGUCCGUCAUUCACCCAGAAAACUGUUUCAUUAUUACCGAUUUAAGACGGUGAAAAAGAUUGAGAACUAACCUCCAACAAGAGGAAACUGUGAGGUUAGAAACAUAUGGAAAAUGCAUCGCAUCGCAUCGCAGCUGCUGAUCAUCCCUUUAUUUAUCAUUGGGACGGGUCAAGCAGUGAGGAACUAUGCCCGAGCGGACCUUCUGACACUCCGCGAGGAGGUGCGGACCAUGUUUAAUCACGCGUACUCGAGCUACUUGACGUACGCUUAUCCUUACGACGAGCUUCGCUCGCUUAGCUGCGACGGAUUCGACACGUGGGGCAGCUACUCACUGACGCUGAUAGACGCGCUCGACACGCUGGUCGUUAUGGGAAACUACACGGAGUUCAAGAGGGUCGUAGAUAUUUUGAGCUCUCGCUCGGACUUCGAGGAGAACAUAAACGUCUCCGUAUUCGAGACGAACAUCAGGGUCGUCGGCGGUCUUCUCAGCGCUCACCUUCUCUCUCACAAGGCUGGACUCGACCUCGACGACGAAUGGCCGUGCAAGGGUCCGCUGCUUCGUCUUGCCGAAGACGUAGCAAAGCGUAUUAUUCCUGCCUUUGAUACCCCGACUGGAAUGCCAUAUGGCACUGUAAACCUGAAGCACGGUGUUCCCGACGGAGAAACUAGCAUCACCUGCACCGCCGGUAUCGGCACCUUCAUCCUUGAGUUUGGAACGCUAUCGAGACUGACUGGGAAUCCUCUCUACGAGGAGGUCGCCCUCAACGCUAUGAAGGCCCUGCAUCAUCACAGAUCAAAGAUCGGGCUCCUCGGAAACCACAUCGACGUGUUGACGGGGCAUUGGACGGCUCAGGACUCGGGAAUUGGGGCUGGAAUCGACUCAUACUUUGAGUAUUUGGCGAAAGGCGCGCUGCUCCUUCAGGAUCCGUUACUCGUCGCAAUGUUCAACGACCACAAAGCGGCGAUUGAGAAGUACAUGAAAAAGGAGGACUGGCACUUAUGGGUCUCAAUGUCAAAGGGCCAGGUCACUCUGCCUGUUUUUCAGUCCCUAGAGGCCUACUGGCCCGGCGUUUUGAGCUUCUUUGGCGACAUAAGCAGCGCCAUGAAAUCUCUCCACAACUACCAUCAGGUGUGGAAGCAGUUUGGAUUCACGCCAGAGUUUUACAACAUACCGCAGGCCGACGCUGGGGCAAAUCGCGAGGGCUAUCCUCUGAGGCCGGAGCUGAUCGAGUCCGUGAUGUAUCUCUACAGGGCGACGAAAGAUCCGUACUUAAUCGAGGUCGGGGUGGAUAUUCUCAGGAGUUUACAGCACAGCGCUAAAACGAGCUGCGGAUACGCCACCAUAAACGAUGUCAGGGAUCACAGAAAGGCGGACAGAAUGGAGUCGUUCUUUCUUGCCGAGACGACAAAGUAUCUUUACCUGCUUUUCGACCCUGAUAAUUUCAUCCACAAUGACGGACAACGAGGUACCGUCAUCAAGACCAAAUCUGGUCAAUGCGUAAUUGACGCCGGUGGCUACGUCUUCAACACGGAGGCGCAUCCGAUCGAUCCCGGAUCUCUUCACUGCUGCAAAAAGAUCCAGGGUAUUUUUCCUAGCAAGAAAUCGAUGCUGAAGAAGUUCGUCGUGGCCAAUAACGAGGGGAGAAAAGAGCCCGAGAAAGGAUCGGGGGAUGCCGAAAACGAUCCCGUCGAAGUGAUCAAGCUCUCGCAGAUCAAACUUGACCCAGAAGAGCCGCCUUCGAUAAAGACUGAAGAAAUCGAAGCUGAGGAAGCGGACAACGAGGUCUUACCCGAGGCGAAAAAUUAUAGCCAAAAUAUAUCCAGAUCUGAAUUGCCCAAAAUCGAAGUCAUCGCUCCGCCAAACACCAUAUACAGAGCUGACGACAGCGAUACGAUAGACAUUUUCGAAGCACCCGCCGGCGUAAAUGGAGAGUAUCCAUCGAUGGCGGCAGAGGAAAACAAUACACAAACUUCUUACGAUAAGCCCAAAUUCUCAAAGAGAAACAAAGUCGAGCCGGAUGUAAUGUUGGAGAAUAUUAGAAACAGUAAUAUGUAUCCUAUCAAUGACUCAAUGCGAUUUGACUACCAACUAUUGUCGUGCCAGUCUCAACCGUUUCUCCAACGUAUAUCGAUUAUCGGUGAAUUCUUUUGAUUCGGUAUGUAAUACGAAUAUUCGCGUACUGUAAUAUAUAUAUAUAUUGUCGAUAGCUAUUUAAAAAUAAUAGCGGGGUAGGAAUAUCAAAUUUUUCAUGGUUUUCAACGAAAGAAAUAGGCGUGUAGAUGUUUAAAUUCUUAUAUUUAUGUGUGUAUAUAUUAUAUACAUACAUAAUAUGUUUAUAUAUGUUUAAAGUCACACAUACAUAUAAUAUAAGUAUUGUACAAACAAAUGCAUAUUUUAUAAUAACAAAAUAUAAAUCCACUUACGUAUUAAUAUUGUACACAUAUCUCUCGCAUUCGCACGUAAUAUUAAAAUUAGCCGUCGGUAAGAUUGAGGAAAAAAAAAGUGAAAAAAAAAAACGUGUAUUGCCACAAUAACUCGUAUUCUUU